AUGGCGGGGGCCGGGUGCGCGCAGGCGCGGUCUGCCGGGGACCGGAGCCGGGCCGGGCCGGGUGGUGGAUGGAAGAGGCGAAAGGCCCGAGCGGAUCAUUGAUGGCUGGUCACGGCCCUGAGAACUGGCUGUCCCGUUGGGAGCGGCAGUGCCUGGACGAGGACGAGCGCCAGGGGCUCUUGCCGGAGAGCGGCGCCGAGACGGAUCCUCAGAGGCAGCGGCUGUGGCUGUCGUUCCAGAAUUCGGCCGGCGCCGUCGCCCAGCUGUACAAAGAUCGUGUUUACGAGCAGCAGCUGGGUAUCCAGAGCCUGUGGAAACCAUUUCAGGCUGCAGCUACUUCUGUCACCUGCCUCUAUAAAGAUGGUCUUGAAACGUACCGAGCAAGCUUGGAUUUGGGUGUGCAAGGAGGCUAUCAAAGGCGAAAUAAGGAAAUGCUGGCCUGGGCGAAAAAAAGGAGACAUGUCAUACACCGUGAGGACUUGCUCAGCUUCCUGUGCAGGAAGUCACCGCCAUCAAGAAGCAGCAGACUGGCUCCUCGGCUAAACAUCCCCUCAGGACUGGGAGUGCAGGAGGAUGCAAGCAAGACUGCAGAGGGUGACCUCCAGGCAUUUACUGACGCCAUUGCCGUGAACGGCCUCAGUGGAGCCAUGGCGAACGUCAGCGUGCGCUCAGGAGCACCUGGGUCCCCGUCGCAUACGGGCAGCAAUUCUGCCUCAGCACGCCGACGCAGCAGCCUGCAGGAUGUGGACCUAAAUAGCUUUAUUGCAGAAGAGAUGGCCCGGCAUCUGGAGAGCUCAAGAAAGAGAGCUCCAGCCCAGUGUAAUGAUGUUAUCACUGAGCCUCCCAGUCACAAACGAAGCCGCAUGCUUUGAAGAGACACAGAGAAAGCUCCCAAAUGACUGGAGGUAAUCCUGCAGCAGGCGCCCGGCAGACGUAGGAACCAAAAAAACAAGUAAACCUUUGGCCAAACCUUGGAGCAAAUGUUUAUAAUAUAAAAGUGUAUUGUGAUUAUUUCAAUAUUGCCACACACUUGUACUUGAAAAUGCAAAUUCAGAGUGCAUUUUGGAGGGCAUUGUGAAGAUUUCUAUCUGCACAUUGCCUAAAUAGUGCAUUAUACAUCAUUCUUGGUAAUUUUCCUUUGGCACUUUAUUUAAUGGAAGUUUGGAGACUGAUUUGUGAUGGACUGGCUCAUAGGUACCCGAUCCUUGAUCUUCAAUCUGGUGCCUGUGCCUAGGACCCCGACCAGCCCUCCCUUCCUGAUGUUAGUGUUCUGCUUUAUUUUGUAAACCAGGAAUUCAGACCUUGGACAUGAAGGUGAACAUAUUUUCAGGUAUGUUUUUAUGGAUGGCAUAGGAACGGCAGGUUGACAGGUCACUUCUUCCCUGAGGUUCUAAAAAAAAAUGGGGCUAAGUUUGUAUAAAGAACAGCAGUUAAGGGUGCUGAGGGUGGUUGCUCUCUGGCUUAUCUGCAAAGAUCCCGGUAUUAUGUGCCUGCUUUCUUGUUCCUUAAUGUCUUCAUUUAAAAGCACAUUUACCUUGAACUUGCAUCUCAAAGGUUCAAAGUAUUAAGAGUGUGGUACAUGUUUUAAAGCAAUGUGACUCUGGAGAAAGCCGUGCUUGAAUGUUCAACUAUCGAAAGGUCAAGGAAUUGAGAAAUGGUUUAAAAGUAUGAAUUAUAUCUGUUUGAAUUGUGAAAAACUUUAAAUUGCAAUGCUCUGGCUAAUCACAGUUGUGAAUCCAUUAAAUACUGACGCAACAAA